CCAAUGGACCGGAUGGAGGAACACAGCGCCCCUCUGAUCAGCCCUUGCAAGGUUUUGGCACCGUACCGUAGGCUUUCCGAUCGACCCCCACCGGCAAUGAACCAGGAGAACACCUACGAGCGGCCGAUACUAAACACUGGGGGAAUACUAGUGAGAUCUGGGCCACUGAUAGUAGUGAUACUGAGAGCUGUAGAUAAUAGAUAGGAGGUGUGCGGGUAUAUACCCAUUGCUAUUGGUUUGGGUAUAUUACUGCGACUCGACCAGUGAGCCACGAGAAUGCCCUCCAUUAACACGGAGCUGGGCGAACGAGCCUUGUCGAAGAUGCAGCACGAGAUGGACUGGAAGCCCUUGAAAGAGCGCUGUCUACGAGUCUAUCCCACGUGGAGUUCUCGGCACGUCGAUCGGAUAUUGCGCGAGUACCAACGGUUCUUGGCCCUCAAGGUGGCGACACGAGACAUUCAUGACACCAUCGUGUUGGCUCCCGUCUUUCUGGAUGCCAUGUGGAAGCAACACAUUCUCUCGACGCAACAAUACUAUGGGGAUUGUCAAAUGCUGCUGCAAUCCAAUCAAGUUCUUCAUUACAAUGCCGAUGCCGCCAUCAACGUGAGUCACACGAUACGAGAAAAGAGAAUGGAAUUGACCAAGGCAUCACUGUGCAUGAUGUUUGCGGGCAGUACACUCUCCAGUGACGCCAAGGGAAUUUGGGAUUACAAUCUUAUUGAGGAGGGGCCAGAACAAACUGGAACGAGUAAUAGUUCCGAACUCUCGGACGACGACGAAGAGGAUGAUGAUGGAGAUCAUCAUGACGACGAUGGGCAUCACCAUUUGCUCGAAGAUAUCAACGAAGAUCAAGAGCGGGAAAUACAAAUGCCCCCUUCUCCGCGAUCGUCCAAACCGAGAAAUCUUCGCAAAGACCAGCGAACACGGAGCCACAGUGGAAACAACCACCCCAAGCCGACCAGGACGUUGUCUCCCUCCAAGGCACAAAAGCAACAUUCCCAACAGCAACAUCAACAACAACAGCAACAACAAUCACAUCAUAAGCAGUCAAAACAGCAACAACAACUAGUAGUUGAAACGACUGAAAACAAACGACAUCUGUACAUUUAUCGAGCUGGAAAAGUGUCCAAGUUUUCCGUAUACCCCUCCGAAACUAUCCUACACAUCAAGUCCAGGAUACAACGAAAGCUGGGCAUUGCACCAGCAAAGCAGUACCUGGAAUGGGAUGGAAUCGAACUUGAGGAGCAACGAACUAUUGCACAGUACGGGAUACCCACGGAUGCUACUCUCGUGCUAUCCAAGCUCCGAAGCAUCCCCUCGCAUCCAUCAAUUCACACGGAAAGCUUAAUGUCUGGCAGCAAACAACAACAUGUCAUGGAAGAGUCACAAACUGCAACCACGGAUCAUGACCUUGAAGACCACCACCGCCACCACCACCAUCAUCGUGAUUCUUUGGACGAAGAAGAACGAGAUGACCAUCUCGAUGAUAUCCGACCCAAACGUCGUGGCAGAUCUUCCACUUCCCGGCCCGUGCCAAUCACAACAACGAAUAGCAAUCCCAAUCGACCGCCCAAGCCUCCCCGACAGCAGCCACCCUCACCCACGUCGUAUGCCUCUUCGGAUCACGACUCGUUCAUGACGUCCCCCUCCCAACAGCAGUAUCCCGAUCCACGCCGUCGGCAGCAAGCAUUACUCAACAAACUCAAGAUUCAGAAUCACAAUAGCCAGCAAAGUACCGGUGACGUGUCCUCCUUGGAACACGAAUCCACACUGCCCUCACGGCCUCGUCCCAAGAAGCAACCGGCUCCACCACCACCACCUCCACCGCCGCCCAUUGACGUUUUCGUCAAUACCAUCAUGGGAUUCACCAUCAACAUUGCCGCCAAGGCAACCGAUACGGUCGAUCGUCUCAAGAAGAUGAUUGAAGAACAGGAAGAUAUUCCCUUUAAAAAGCAAAUCCUCAUAUUGGACGGGGUUCCCUUGGAUGACGCCCAAUUCCUGACGGAUUACACGAGCAGUUCGUCUUUGCACGUCUUGCUGCGGUUGCAGGCGGGCACGGGAAGCAGUGUGGGCGGAGCAUCGUUCGUUACGCCCGCCAGCAGUACCAUGGCCGCAGUGCCGCGCAAAAAGAAUCGACUGUUGGGACGUGGUAUGUAAUGCAACAUACGCAACGAAACAAGUCGAAAGGUUGCCAAGGCAGGGGGUUGGGUUGGCAAACGCUGCUUGUUGGGGGGGAUUACGACAGGCAGACGAGGGUGGUGGAUUGGAACAUUUGAAUUGGACGGCAAUGCCUGUCGAGACUGAGAGCAGAAGCACAGCAAGACGUUGACAAUGGUCUUGCUUUUCGAAGGGUGUUGUGCUAUCCGAGACUACUGGUGAGAAUUAAAUUCCUAUUAUUUUAAAGAAAAGCUCUUGAACGAUUCCAAAGAACAAAUCACAAGCAACUCGAUUGUGCCCUGAUAAAAGAAAGUAGCAGUCUGGAUCUAGAUG